CAGUAGUGGCACUCCACACUCUCGAAAUUGGGGAAGUAGUAUAAUUGACACGACCAGCGGGUAUGACGGGUCGGUUUGUAAGGUGAACUUUGCUUUCACUAGCAAAUGACAUAAUAAUGUGUUGCAGGGAUAAUCGAAUGUUUAUUCAACUGAUGAUUAAGGUAUUUGAAUAUUAUUCAACAGUUUCAGUCCUCAAAACAAAUAUGGAGAAAAACUCUUUAUAUAUAAUAGGGGUGGAUCAACAAUUCAAGGAUCAAAUUCUUCCUGAAAUGCAUUUUGUACUUGGUGAGAUACCUUUCAAAUACCUUGGUGUUCCAUUAUCAUCCAAGAAAAUAACAAUUCAACAAUGCAUGUCGCUGGUGGAGAGAAUGAUUGCCAGGAUUAGAUGUUGGACCACCAAAUUUCUUUCAUAUAGUGGCAGAGUACAGCUAAUCAAGAGUGUCCUGUUCGAGAUACAAACAUACUGAUCACAAGUAUUUUUGAUACCAAGGAAGAUGAUGCAGCAAAUAACAAGUGUAUGUAGAACAUUCUUGUGGACUGGACAAUGUGCAACAUCAAGAAAAGCAUUAGUGGCAUGGGAGAGGCUGUGUAUGCCAAAAUCAGCAGGGGGUUUGAACAUCAUUGAGUUUCAGACAUGGAAUAAAGCAGCCAUGUCUAAACUGUUUUGGGUUAUCACAGCUAAGAAAGACACCUUGUGGGUUCAAUGGAUUCACAACUUUUACAUAAAAAGAAGAGAUAUUAGUGAGAUGGAGACACCCAAACAAGCAUGCUGGCUUGUUAGGAAAAUAUUCGAUGCAAGGAAAUGGUAUCGGAACAAUGAUCUUUACACAGAGCUACAACAAUUCACUCAUGCUGAUAAGUUCAUAAUCAAGAAGGCAUUUAUGCAUCUGAUCCCUCAAUAUCCUAAAGUCAUGUGGAAAAGCCUCAAUAUGGGACCAUGUCUUGUGCUAAAGUAUCAGUUUAUACUUUGGCUUGCACUACGGAAGGGAUUCACUACAGUUGAUAGAUUGGCUAAAUGGGGAAUACAAGUUUCUAGGAAUUGUGUAUUAUGCAUGUCUGAUACUGAAGAAACACAUUCACAUCUAUUUUUUGAAUGUGAAUAUUCAAGGCAGUUAUGGAGCUCCUUCUUACGUUGGACAAGAGAGUGCAGUCAAGUAAGAAGCUGGGAGGAGGAAGUUGAAAGGUUAACGACCAAAAGAUGCAACAACAAAGCCCAUGCAGAGGUCCUAAGAUGGUUACUAGCUGCGACUGUUUAUCAUAUUUGGAGUGAACGAAAUGCUAGAAGAUUUCAAGAAUAGCAACAAGAUCACAUUCUAAGAUUAAGAGAGAAUGUCAUUCAACCGCAUAAGAAAGGACAACAUAGAAGCAGUUGGAAAAAGCUAUUAAAUAGUUUAAACUCAUACCCAAACCAAAUAUAGGCCUAUAUUGUAAUAGAUGCUAGAGGAAAGGAGGAAGUAUUUAAAAAGUUACAAAGAACAUGGCUACUUCUAGAGUCAACAAUGAACUGGUGAUGUAUAUAUCAUACUUGAUUAAAUAAAAAUUUAUUGUUUGACCCAAAAAAAAUCAAAAAAAAUC